GUUCUUCUUCCGACGGGCUCCCAUCUGUGUUGUAGGAAGAAGGAGCUGCUUACCUCAUCUCCUUCACCUCCCAAAGUGGAGCAUCCCUUCUACUGUUGACCGAAAUUAAGAGAUUCCAAAGGGAGGAGUGCAUUGUUUAGAAAGUGGUAGGUAUGGGCUGACCCUUGCGGGAGGCCGUUGGGUCGACGUAAGGUGCAUUGAAGCCAUGUCGGUACGAUGACAUUUGUUGUGCUCAGAGACCGCGCUUGGCGGUAUCUGCUUGUCUGACAUGUCGCCAGGCACCUGUCUAACCAACUGGGUUUAUGGUGUACUCUGGUUGUGCCAUCGGUCUGACCGCUGGGAAGCUGCUGGGGUGAUGAAGGGAAAUGCGGGGAAUGCUGGGGUGAUGAGUGGAAGAAGACGGGAUUACACGGUGGAUACUGGAUUCACACACAAGAGUGACGGUAAGACGCCCAGCCGGAUUCGGACCAACAAUAGACUUGACGGCACGGAUCCAUGGGACUCUGAGCGGAAAAACUCCCUCUGCUUCAUGCUCAAUUUCCCCAUGCGCCAUAGGUAUUCACGUCGAACAUACAUCAACAAGGAUGUAGUCGAGAAAGGCAAAAUAUCAUGCUUCUAUGAGUAA